ACAUCGUGAACAAUCCGAGAUUUGCGCGCAUCGGCUUCACUACAGACAUGCGUAAGAGCGUAAACAGUGCGAGUUUUCUCCAAAUACCAACAAAUCUCUUAUUUGUGGAUUUAUAAGAAGAGGGAUUUUCUGCACAGUAAACCAUGAGCACCGUGUUCUGCUGUGUUUUGCUUGUGCUUUUUUCACUGGCUCUUUGCAUGGACUUUGAAGAGAGACCCAGCUCCCGGAGAAGUGAACAAACCGUGUUUCAAAGGAGUCACAAAUCACGAAAUCUGCUCACUUUGAGAGAUUUACAGCAUUCGCAUCAUGUGAGGAUGAAGAGGAGUGAAGAACCCGCACAGAAUCAGUGUAAUUCAUUGCACGGAUAUGAAUCUACAUUAAAAAACAAUACUCAUACGUAUAACUUCAAUGAUCUCAGUGGGUCAGUGUCGCUGGCAUGGGUUGGAGACGGAACGGGGGUUAUACUGGUGCUCAACACGUUCCAAGUUCCUCUUUUUAUCAUGAGAUUUGGACAGUCCAAACUAUACAAAAGUGAAGACUAUGGAAAGACUUUUCAGGACAUCACCGACCUCAUUAACAAUACCUUCAUACAGACUGAAUUCGGAAUCGCGAUUGGUCCGGAAAAUUCCGGGAAGGUAAUCCUCACAGGUGAUCUAACCGAUGGGAAAGUUACCAGAAUAUUUCGUUCAGUUGAUUUUGGGGCCAACUUUAUGACGUCUGAGCUUCCCUUCCAUCCAUUAACGCAGAUAACCUACAACCCCAGAAACAGCAACAUCCUUAUAGUCUACAGCACCAACUUUGACUUAUGGCUGUCGGAGGAUUUUGGAGCCAACUGGAGGAAGAUUCAUGCGACAGUUUGUCUUGUGAAAUGGGGAAUCGAUGACACUAUUUUCUUAACCACCAACCCCAACGGAUCCUGCAGUGACCGGGGAAUGCUAGAAUUGAAAAAGUCUUUGGAUUAUGGCAGAACGUUUCAGACUAUAGGAAGCCGGAUUUAUUCCUUCGGUCUGGGUGGACGCUUCCUUUAUGCCUCAGUCAUGACUGAGUUGGGCUCCACACGUAUGAUUCAUGUGUCAGUAGAUCAAGGAGAGACGUGGGACAUGGCUCAGCUGCCCAUUGUUGGCCAUGAACAGUUUUACUCCAUCCUGGCUGCAAAUGAUGACAUGGUCUUCAUGCACGUAGAUGAACCUGGAGAUUCAGGUAUUGGUACAAUCUUUGUGUCUGAUGACCGGGGCACAGUGUUUUCCAAAUCCCUGGAACGACAUUUGUAUACCACAACGGGCGGAGACACAGACUUCACAAACAUCACCUCUUUGAGGGGGGUUUACAUGACCAGUGUGCUUGCCAUGGAUGGCUCUGUGCAGACCGUGAUCACAUUUAAUCAGGGAGGUGAAUGGAGACCCCUGCAGAAGCCCUGGAAUGGGAUGUGUGACUCCACGGCAGAGCACCCAGAGAAGUGUAGUCUGCAUAUCCACGCCGCAUACAGUAUCUCUAUGAAGCUGAACGUCCCCAUGCAGCCUCUCACAGAGCACAAUGCUGUUGGACUCAUACUGGCCCAUGGAAGUGUGGGAGGAGCCAUUUCUGUGCUUUCGCCAGACGUGUAUGUGUCGGACGAUGGGGGUUACACAUGGUUUCAGGCGCUGAAAGGCCCCCAUCAUUUCGCCAUACUGGAUUCAGGGGGGCUGCUGGUAGCUGUUGAACACAAGCCAUUGCACCCCAUCUCACAGAUCAAAUUUUCAACUGAUGAAGGUCAGUGUUGGCAUGUGUAUAAUUUCACGGAUGACCCGAUAUACUUUACUGGCCUGGCAUCAGAACCUGGCGCCCGUUCGAUGAACAUCAGUCUGUGGGGCUACAGGGAAACGGUUCUCAAUCAGUACUGGGUUUCGGUUACUGUAGACUUCAGACAGUUGCUUUUAAGAGACUGUCAGGAAAGUGACUACAUCCAAUGGCUCGCUCACUCGAGUGACAUUAAUGACCCUGCUGACGGAUGCAUGCUGGGAUACAAAGAGAGGUUUCUACGGUUACGACAGGACUCGGUCUGCUGGAACGGGCGGGAUUACACGAUCACAAAGGAGCCCACCUUGUGUCCCUGUACCCUAGCAGACUUUCAAUGUGACUUUGGGUUUUACCAUGAGGAAAACAGCUCUGUGUGCGUGGAGCAACCCGAUCUUAUUGGUCAUUCACUGGAGUUCUGCCUGCAUGGACGCAAAGAGCAACUUCAGACAAGCGGUUACAGGAAGAUUCCUGGAGAUCGCUGUGAAGGUGGAAUAACUCCAGAGAGAAAAGAGAUUGAUCUGAGCAAGAAGUGUGUCAGUAACUUGUUCAGACCAGAACUACUGAUAGAGACUCAGCCGGUCCAUUCAGCUGUUAUAGUAGCUGUGAUCAUCACACUUCUGUUGAUCAGUGUCGUCGCUGGAGUUAUCUUCAUCAAAAAAUAUGUUUGUGGAGGAAGGUUCCUGGUGCACAGGUACUCUGUUCUACAGCGGCACGCAGAAUCUAAUGGAAUUGAAGGUGUCGACGAUCUGGACACAUUGGAGGUUGGAAAGACGCAAUACCAUGAUGAUUCAGAUGAGGAUCUACUAGAGUGACAGACAUUGAUGGACUUUUCCAAUUUUAUAAAAGUGAAACCACAAUGCCUACCCUUCCCGUGACCUGCACAUGUAUAUCUGCGUUCCAACCCUACCAGAUUAUGGCACACGUUCUGACUUUAAUGUGUCUUUCCAAGAUGUGUUUUUUUAUUUGAUUAGUUGGAACCUAACUUCCAUCUUCUAAUUCAAUCCAACAAGACUUGACCACAGUUGUUGAGGACAGGACUGACAGAAGUUUCCCAAAAGAGUUUUUUGAACUGCUGAAAUAUGUGUAUUAAAAUGUGCGUAUGUGAAAUGCGCAAAAAAUGUGACUUUAAAUUGACGGUUGCCAAGUUUAUGAGAAUUGACAGUGACGUGUUGAAGUCACAUUGCUUCCAGAGUAUUUUUUAGACAGGACAAUCCUCUGUUAUGUGAGUAUUAGUUAACAUCAGACAUAAGCUUUGAUUCAAUAAAACUGGCUGGUUAUCCUGCAUCAGGUAUUUAACUUCACCAAAGGAUCUUUCUGCUUUUCUCACUUUAAGAAAUUGGUUUAAGUCUUUGGUUAUUGAAAUCUAGUGUAAAAGAGGAUCAUCUAGCCUGUUUUAUGCUGAUGUUGGAUAGUGUUGAGCAAAUAAAAACACAAGGAAAUGCUCUUAGUAACUUUUUAACAUUUAGGACGUGUCAUUUGAAUUCCAGUGGCUCAAGAACUAAACGUCAUGUUUGACUGUCACAUGGAUGGACGAUAACCAUAAAAGUAUGUUGGAGUUAGGUUAGUUACUUGGGUUUAGUUGAAUAACACUGGGAGAUUAACAAUAACAAGUCCGAUUUUUAAGAAGCUAGAUUAGCUAAACUUUGUUUGUUUUAUAAUCGACCCUUGUUUUUUCUUUAACUGGUGACAUUCAUAGGCAUUUCUCCACUAUUGCUGUGUGCUUGAAUAUAUUAUGUAUCACACACAGUAUGCUCUUUUUUUAGUGAACUUUUUUUAUUUGGAUGUUCCCAUACUACUGUUAUCAAUAUUUUCUGUUUUGUAAAGUGUUAUAAUGUCAGGACAGAACGACAAGAGAUGGCACUCUUUUUUUUUAAAGCGUAGUUUUAUCUAAAUAUUGCACACCUUAUAAUGGGUUAGACCGUAAACGAUUACUUUAAAUAUAUGCAGUAUCCGUCCGCAAUAGUUAUAAAGACAAAAUGUUUACAAAAAUGUUAAACAUUUUUUAGGUUACCAAACACAUCCUCCAUGGGGAUGUUUCACAGUAAUAAAUGUAGCUAUUCAGCAGUCUAAUCCUAUAUGAAAAUGUAUAUAUUUUUGGGAUUGCGUUGACUGCCAGCUCAUAAAUAAGCUAAUAAGUAGUCACUAAGCUGAUUAAGUGCUGUUCUUUGCACGUAUGAUGAAAUAAUAGAUAUAUACUGUACCUCAGGGGCUGUAGAUGGCAUGGACCACACAUUUCAUUUAUGGAUAUGCAUGUAAAAUGAGAAGUCUGCAGAUGUGUUUACAGUUGGAUGAAAGUGUAAACGAUGUACAAUUAAAUGUGACUGCCAAGAACAAUAAAGUAAUAUUUUCUGAUUCAACUUA